AUGUAUCCUUUGAAGGACCCCUUUCGUCCAGUCUUUUCCGAGUUUCCCUUCAAGUCGAGCAAGUCCUGUCAAGUCGAGCAAGUCCCGUCAAGUCGAGCAAGUCCCGUCAAGUCGAGCAAGUCCCGUCAAGUCGAGCAAGUCCCGUCAAGUCAAGCAAGUCCCGUCAAGUCGAGCAAGUCCCGUCAAGUCGAGCAAGUCCCGUCAAGUCGAGCAAGUCCCUUCAAGUCGAGCAAGUCCUGUCAAGUCAAGCAAGUCCCGUCAAGUCAAGCAAGUCCCGUCAAGUCCAGCAAGUCCCGUCAAGUCCAGCAAGUCCCGUCAAGUCAAGCAAGUCCCGUCAAGUCAAGCAAGUCCUGUCAAGUCGAGCAAGUCCCGUCAAGUCGAGCAAGUCCCGUCAAGUCGAGCAAGUCCCGUCAAGUCGAGCAAGUCCCGUCAAGUCAAGCAAGUCCCGUCAAGUCGAGCAAGUCCCGUCAAGUCGAGCAAGUCCCGUCAAGUCGAGCAAGUCCCGUCAAGUCAAGCAAGUCCCGUCAAGUCGAGCAAGUCCCGUCAAGUCGAGCAAGUCCCGUCAAGUCGAGCAAGUCCCGUGAAGGCGAGCAAGUCCCGUCAAGUCGAGCAAGUCCCGUCAAGGCGAGCAAGUCCCCUGAAGGCGAGCAAGUCCCGUCAAGUCAAACAAGUCCCGUCAAGUCGAGCAAGUCCCGUCAAGUCGAGCAAGUCCCGUCAAGUCAAGCAAGUCCCGUCAAGUCAAGCAAGUCCCGUCAAGUCAAGCAAGUCCUGUCAAGUCGAGCAAGUCCCGUCAAGUCGAGCAAGUCCCGUCAAGUCGAGCAAGUCCCGUCAAGUCGAGCAAGUCCCGUCAAGUCAAGCAAGUCCCGUCAAGUCGAGCAAGUCCCGUCAAGUCGAGCAAGUCCCGUCAAGUCGAGCAAGUCCCGUCAAGUCAAGCAAGUCCCGUCAAGUCGAGCAAGUCCCGUCAAGUCGAGCAAGUCCCGUCAAGUCGAGCAAGUCCCGUCAAGUCGAGCAAGUCCCGUGAAGGCGAGCAAGUCCCGUCAAGUCGAGCAAGUCCCGUCAAGUCGAGCAAGUCCCGUCAAGGCGAGCAAGUCCCGUCAAGUCGAGCAAGUCCCGUCAAGUCAAGCAAGUCCCGUCAAGUCGAGCAAGUCCCGUCAAGUCGAGCAAGUCCCGUCAAGUCGAGCAAGUCCCGUGAAGGUGAGCAAGUCCCGUCAAGUCGAGCAAGUCCCGUGA